AAUAAAUUGCACGCCAGACUCACACAACUGCAGCUGCCGCGACAACAAACUUUAAGCGGAAACAAAUAAAUAGAGAUAACUGUUGUUAAUAUUGUUUUGUUAGUGAAGAAGCCUCGCAAAAAAAAUAAAAUGGAUAAUCCCAGUUCACCUCCGCCAAAUACGCCAAGCGAUGCCGCAGAGCGUCGCGAUUUACGCGCUGCGAUGACGUCGCCUGUGGGCGACUUUGAGCCUUUCGAGAAUGAGGAUGAAAUCCUAGGGGAUCAGACAGUGCGCGAUGAGGAAGAUGAGGAUGGCGAGGAACUCUUUGGCGACAACAUGGAGAAUGAUUAUCGCGCCAUGCCUGAGUUGGAUCACUAUGAUCCCGCCAUGCUGGACGAUGAGGACUUCUCGGAGAUGUCGCAAGGAGAACGCUUUGCUGCCGAAAAUGAAAUGCGUCGUCGGGAUCGCGCUGCUGGCAUUCAUCGUGAUGAUCGCGAUCUGGGUUUCGGUCAAUCCGACGACGAGGAUGAUGUAGGACCUCGUGCCAAGCGUCGUGCUGGCGAAAAAGCCGCCGUUGGCGAAGUGGAAGAUGCUGAGAUGAUUGAAUCCAUUGAGAACUUGGAAGACACCAAGGGACAUUCCACAAAAGAAUGGGUGAGCAUGCUGGGACCACGCACCGAGAUUGCCAAUCGCUUCCAGUCAUUCCUGCGCACCUUUGUCGACGAUCGUGGUGCCUACACAUAUCGCGAUCGCAUUCGCCGGAUGUGCGAGCAAAACAAAUCUUCAUUUGUGGUUUCGUACACUGAUCUGGCCAACAAGGAGCACGUGUUGGCUUACUUCCUGCCCGAAGCUCCCUUUCAGAUGCUAGAGAUCUUCGAUAAGGUGGCCAAGGACAUGGUGUUGUCCAUCUUUCCCACCUACGAGCGUGUGACCACCGAGAUUCAUGUGCGUGUCUCUGAGCUGCCGCUGAUUGAAGAGUUGCGCACCUUCCGUAAACUGCAUCUCAAUCAAUUGGUGCGCACCCUGGGCGUGGUCACAGCUACCACUGGAGUGUUGCCCCAGCUGUCGGUCAUCAAGUACGAUUGCGUUAAGUGUGGCUAUGUCCUGGGACCCUUUGUGCAAUCACAGAACACGGAAGUUAAGCCCGGCUCGUGUCCCGAGUGCCAGAGCACUGGACCCUUCUCGAUCAACAUGGAGCAGACGUUGUAUCGCAACUACCAGAAGAUUACGCUGCAAGAGUCACCAGGACGUAUUCCAGCUGGUCGCAUACCUCGCAGCAAGGAUGUCAUUCUCCUCGCCGAUCUCUGCGAUCAAUGCAAACCGGGUGAUGAACUGGAAGUCACCGGCAUCUAUACAAACAACUAUGAUGGCUCGCUAAAUACUGAUCAAGGAUUCCCAGUGUUUGCCACAGUGAUCAUAGCCAAUCAUGUGGUAGUCAAGGACUCCAAGCAAGUGGUGCAAUCGCUCACGGACGAGGACAUUGCCACCAUUCAAAAACUGAGCAAAGAUCCGCGCAUUGCCGAGCGUAUUGUUUCUUCGAUGGCGCCUUCCAUCUAUGGUCAUGAGUAUAUUAAGCGUGCUUUGGCCUUGGCGCUCUUUGGCGGCGAGUCCAAGAAUCCCGGUGAGAAGCACAAGGUGCGUGGUGACAUCAACAUGCUGAUUUGCGGUGAUCCCGGCACAGCAAAGUCACAGUUUCUCAAGUACACUGAGAAGAUUGCCCCACGCGCUGUCUUCACCACAGGACAAGGAGCAAGUGCUGUGGGUUUGACUGCCUAUGUGCGUCGCAAUCCCGUGUCCAAGGAAUGGACGCUAGAGGCAGGUGCUUUGGUGCUGGCGGAUCAGGGAGUUUGCCUCAUCGAUGAGUUUGAUAAGAUGAACGAUCAGGAUCGUACUUCGAUACACGAGGCCAUGGAACAGCAAUCGAUAUCCAUUUCGAAAGCAGGCAUUGUCACUUCUCUGCAAGCACGUUGCACGGUCAUUGCUGCCUCCAAUCCUAUUGGUGGUCGUUAUGAUCCCUCGAUGACGUUCUCGGAGAAUGUGAAUCUGUCGGAGCCAAUUCUAUCGCGUUUCGACAUUCUUUGUGUGGUCAAGGAUGAAUUUGAUCCCAUGCAGGAUCAGCAGCUGGCCAAGUUUGUGGUGCACUCGCACAUGAAGCAUCAUCCCAGCGAGGAGGAGCAGCCAGAGCUGGAGGAGCCACAGCUGAAGACGGUGGAUGAAAUUCCACAAGAUUUGCUACGUCAAUACAUUGUCUACGCUAAGGAGAAUAUUCGUCCCAAGCUGACAAACAUUGAUGAGGACAAGAUUGCCAAGAUGUACUCGCAGUUGCGUCAGGAAUCGUUUGCCACCGGCUCGCUGCCCAUCACGGUGCGUCACAUCGAGAGCGUUAUUCGCAUGGCAGAGGCACAUGCUCGUCUCCAUCUGCGCGAGAACGUGCUGGAGGCGGACGUCAGCAUGGCCAUUCGCAUGAUGCUGGAGAGCUUCAUUGAGGCGCAAAAGUUCAGUGUGAUGAAGAAGAUGCGCAACACAUUCCAAAAGUACUUGGCCUUCCAGAAGGAUCACUCCGAGCUGCUCUUCUUCAUUCUGCGUCAACUCACGCUCGAUCAAUUGGCCUACAUUCGCUGCAAGGAUGGACCCAGCGCCACCAAUGUGGAGAUUAUGGAACGCGAUCUUAUUGAGCGUGCCAAGCAGCUGGAUAUUGUGAAUUUGAAACCCUUUUACGAAUCCGAAUUGUUCCGCAGCAAUGGUUUCUCUUACGAUCCCAAGCGACGCACAAUUCUACAGAUUGUUGUCGAUGGCGCUGUUUAAAAUAUGUUUUAGUAUUUCCGAAUAUUCAUCUGCCAACAUCUCAUUUAAUUAUAAUCUCACGCCAUACCGUUUUGUUUCCCAUUUUUAUAUGUAUUUAUAUGUCCAAUAAAGAUUUGGUUAAAGUUCUUCAAUAA